UCCUGUCCACAAGGAACUGUUUCUCAAAGGUCGUCAUGUGACCCGCCGCUGUCAUGUGACCCGCUGUGAUUCUUUAUCACCGCUGCAGUCACAUCAGCGCCACCUGCGGAGCGAGACCUCAGGUGAAACCGGAGACAGAGAUGCUGCUGCAGGUGUUGUGUUUCUUCCAGUUGUCUCUGCUGGGCGGCGAUGCGGCGCCGGCUGCAGACGAGGUGACUUACCUGCCCGGUCUGCAGAAACAGCCGAGCUUCAGACAUUACUCUGGAUACCUGAGCGUGGCUGAUGGGAAACACCUGCACUACUGGUUCGUGGAGUCCCAGAGCAACGCGUCUGCCGACCCGGUGGUGUUGUGGUUGAACGGCGGCCCCGGCUGCAGCUCUCUGGACGGGCUGCUGACUGAACACGGACCCUUCCUGAUCCAGGAUGACGGAGUGACGCUGCAGUACAACCCGUACUCCUGGAACAAGAUUUCCAACGUGUUGUACCUGGAGUCUCCAGCAGGUGUUGGCUUCUCGUACUCUGACGAUCAGAUUUACAUCACCAACGACACAGAGGUGUCCAUGAACAACUACCUGGCUCUGAAGGAGUUCUUCCGUCUGUUUCCGGAGUACAGCAAGAACCAACUUUUCCUGACGGGAGAGAGUUACGGAGGGAUCUACAUCCCGACGCUCGCCGAGAGAGUGAUGGAGGACGCCAGCCUCAACCUGCAGGGCGUUGCCGUGGGAAAUGGGAUGUCGAGUUACGAGAUGAACGAUAACUCUCUGGUGUACUUCGCCUACUACCACGGCCUGCUGGGGAGUCGACUGUGGACCGAGCUGCAGACGUUCUGCUGCAGCGACGGGAAGUGCAACUUCUACCAGAGCCAGAACCUGAACUGCUCUGCCAGCGUGUUUGAGGUUCAGUACAUUGUCUAUUCUUCAGGACUGAACAUGUACAACCUGUACGCUCCCUGUCCAGGUGGAGUCCACCAGAGAGUCAGUGUUGAAGGCGGCGAGCUGGUGAUCAGAGACCUGGGGAACUCCUUCAUCAACCACCCGUGGACUCAGCUGUGGAGCCAGAAGCUGCGAGGUCUGGCGUCUCUCCACCUGUCUGUCCGUCUGGACCCGCCCUGCACUAACUCCACCCCCUCCUCCCUCUACCUGAACAACCCGUACGUCAGAGCCGCUCUGCACAUCAGCCCCAAGGCUCUGGCCUGGGUCAUCUGCAGCUCUGAAGUGAACCUGAACUACGGUCGUCUCUACCUGGACGUCAGGAAGCAGUACCUGAAGCUGCUCUCUGCUCUGAAGUACCGGGUCCUGGUGUACAACGGGGACGUGGACAUGGCCUGUAACUUCAUGGGGGACGAGUGGUUUGUGGAGUCUCUGCACCAGCAGGUGGAGGUCCAGAGGCGUCCGUGGCUCUACGAUGAUGAAGGCAGUCAGCAGGUCGGAGGCUUCGUCAAAGAGUUCGACAACAUCGCCUUCCUCACAGUCAAGGGUUCAGGUCACAUGGUUCCAACAGACAAACCAAUCGCUGCCUUCGCCAUGUUCUCCAGAUUCAUCAAGAGGCAACCCUACUGACCUGGACCGGCCCACCUGACCCGGCCCUACUGACCUGGACCGGCCCACCUGAC